AUGCGUCCGAUUAAUCAUCGACAGGCGCUUUUGCUCGUGCCGUGUCGAAGCAAGUCCGCGUAUGCCAGCAGCGUACUGUUGCCCCGUACCGCUUUCCAGGUGCACUUGAACGCCAAUAAACGCGCUGAGCUAGACGCAACGUUUGCUGCAUCUGAGCACUUGGACGCACUUUACGAGUGGCAGUUGCAACGGCCCGGUUGCAAGAAAUCUUUUGUCCUGCAUGACGGGCCCCCGUACGCCAACGGCAGUGUCCAUCUCGGACAUGCGGUGAACAAAAUCCUCAAGGACAUCAUUGUGCGGUAUAAAUCGAUGCGCGGAUAUGCCGUUCACUUCAAGCCAGGUUGGGACUGCCACGGUUUACCUAUCGAACUACGUGCCCGGGUUGAUUCUCCAGCGGACUUGAGUCCGAUGGAAAUCCGAAAAAGUGCUCGAAAGUACGCUGAAUCCGCAAUGCACAGUCAGAUGAAAGAGUUCAAGCGCUGGGGCGUAUUGGCAAACUGGAAAUCUCCAUACUGUACCUUUGAUCGUGAAUACGAGGCGCGAGAAAUCGAGUUGUUUCGACACUUAUUCACCAAUGGUUAUGUAUUUCGAGACUUGAAGCCCGUUUACUGGUCGCCGAGUUCGGCAACUGCGUUGGCAGAGGCGGAGCUCGAAUAUCGAUCAUCGCAUUGCAGUACCGCGGUUUACCUUCGUUACCUGGUCAUAAAUUUUCCCAAGUCUGAUUUCUCUUUACUGGCUGAUUCGAAGGUGUGGGCCGUUAUCUGGACCACUACACCGUGGACCUUGCCAGCGAACAAUGCGAUAUGCUUUAAUGACUCGAUCGACUACGCUUUGUUGCGUAUGCGCGGCAUACCCCGAAGCGACGAAAAUAUAUACGUGCUUGCAGUUGGUACGGUAGAACGUUUCCGGAAGGCGACCAGUCAUGAUGUGGAAAUAUUGGGCAACUUCAAAGGAGCUUUACUAAAUGGUAUGUACUAUGUAAAUCCUUUUUCGAACCAUUACGCUCACCCUUUCUACGCGGCACAGCAUGUGAGUGCUGAAAAGGGUACGGGGUUAGUGCACACGGCAUUCGCGCAUGGUUUCACCGACUUUUUGGUGGCACAGGACAAUGACCAGCCAGUCGAUUGUAUGAUCGAUGAACAUGGUCGGUACGUGAGGUCGCUAGGGUCGCUUCUGGACGGAAAAGAUAUUUUCGCCGAGGGUCAGCAAGCAGUGCUGCAGUUUCUAGGCAAGCACAUAUUAGCGCAGCACACUGAGGUACAUUCGUAUCCAUAUGACUGGAGGACAAAAAAACCGGUCAUUAUCCGAACGUCGACACAGUGGUUUAUCGACACGUCACGUCUGAAGGACAUAGUCUUCAAAUGCCUUAGAGCGGUAAAAGUAUUUCCUGAUAAUUUCGCGCACACUCUAAUGGAAAUCAUCAGUCAACGCCCGAUGUGGUGUAUUUCCCGUCAGCGCGUUUGGGGAGUUCCGAUCCCGGCGUUUUAUGACACGGAUACCGCCGAAACGAUCAUGACCGACGCUACAAUUUCGCAUGUUAGGGAUAUUUUCGAAAAGGAGGGAAGCGACAGCUGGUGGUUGAAGAAUGUCGCAGAUUUAUUGCCUCCUUCUAUGUAUGAUUCAUUAAAAGGGCGACAGAAUCAUGUGCAAAAGGGCAACGAUAUAUUUGACAUAUGGUUUGACAGCGGUGUUUCUUGGUACGCUUUUGAUCGCGCAGGUAGCCGAACGGCAGACAUUGUGGUCGAAGGCUUGGAUCAGUUUCGGGGAUGGUUUCAAAGCCUAGUGCUGACUGCUGCUGGGUACUCCGGAAACAGCCCCUAUAAGGCGAUUUUCGUUCAUGGGUUCGUGAUGGCCGCGGAAGGGGAGAAGAUGUCAAAGUCUACCGGAAAUGUUAUUGAACCGGACCGUAUUAUUGCCGGAGGACCAGUCGCAGAUAUCGAGAUGCCUCCGUUGGGCGUCGAUGGACUGAGGCUGUGGGUGGCGUUGUACGGAGCCGGCAAAACCAACAUAUACAUUGGAGCUGAUAUCGUUCGGCGUUUGCAGGAAAGCCUGGUUGGAAUUCGAAGCAUGCUGCGGUAUCUGUUAGGUAACCUAGCUGAUUUUCAAAGCGAACACACAGUCGACUAUUCGUUGCUUCUGGUAACCGAUCGUUACAUGCUUCAUCUACUAUACAUGUUCCUUAACACAACAGAAAGCCAUUUUGAUAGUUAUAAUGUUCAACGAGUCGCUGUCGAUGUUAUGAAGUUCUUAAAUGGAGUCGUGUCCAACUUUUACAUUGCAGCGGCGAAAGACCGUCUAUACUGCGAAGCGAGAUCUAGUGUCACGAGAAGAGCAGCACAAACAGUGCUCUCUGCCAUAUUGAUGACGACCCUCAAGGUUAUUGCUCCAAUCAUGCCGUACAUGGCCGAAGAGGCAAUCGAUCACUUACCACGCUGCAGCAGCGCAUCUGUAUCCAUUUUCAAAUCCGGAUGGCAGCUUCUGCCUGAUGGUUGGAAAAACGAACGCUUAGCAGAAGACUUCAUGUCUCUGUUAAUGCCAAUUCGUAAUGAUUUCAUUUCUGCUUACGGUUUAACGAAUACCAUGAAGAACUGUUUACGAAUCCGGGUGCCAGGGAUGGCUAAAAAGGUGUUUGACAAUUUUUACAGUGACAGUUACUGCGCCCGGUCCGAACUUGCUGAUUUGUUUAAGGUGUCAUUGGUUUGUGUAGACUCAGAUGACGCUAUACAGACGUAUGCUUAUGAAGUUUCAGAUAGCGAAUUGGGAGCAUGCGAACGCUGCAGGAAAUAUAUAUGCAAAUCCGGACAAGAAUUAUGUAAACGAUGUUCUUGUGUAGUCAACGACUUAGGUCACUGA